AUGAAUCUAACACCAUCAAAGCUACCUAUUCACAACCAUCCUCUUUUUCCUUCGUCUCGAUAUGUUUAUCAUCAUUGUAACGGCUGCCAUGUAUAUAAAGAAAACAUAAAUGGUGGCUACUAUUGCAAUGAACCUGGAUGUUAUGCUAAGUUCCAUAAGGAGUGCGGCGAGGCUCCAUUGGAGAUAAACCAUAGUUCUCACCCCCAACAUCCUCUCCUGCUCACCAACGACUCGGGAGAGAGUGAGAGUCCAUGUCAUUUGUGUGGAAAAAAUCUAUUGCCUUCGUAUUAUAGUUGUUUAACAUGUCAAUACAAGGUGGAUUUGAUUUGUGGGAUGAAACCAUCACCACCUAUUGUUGAAUAUCCAAUGAGUCAUGAACAUCCACUUGUCUUCUUGAAGAAACAAGAAGAAAAUAUCCUUUGUGAACUUUGCAAGGAGUCUAUUGGUGGACCUUCUUAUUCAUGUCUUGGAUGCAAUGUCUACUUCCACGCGGAUUGUCUCAAUCUCUCUAAAGAGGUAAACCAUCCUUGUCAUUCUAGUCACCCUCUAAAACUCAUCGCAUCUGAUACACUUGCUGUUGAUGCUGAGAAGUCUUGUCUUAUAUGUCAAGAACCAAAAGUUGUGUUAUAUCAUUGUUCCUUAUGUAAUUUCACCAGCUGCAUAAGGUGUAUAAAAAACCCACCACCCCUUGUUAUUGAGCAUACCAAGACCCACAAGCAUCCACUUACUCUCGUUCUUAAGAGAAUUUCAUAUCUUUGUGAUGUUUGUGGUCAUCGUGGCAUUGGGUAUUCAAAAUGUGGAGUUUGUCACCGAUCUAUAAAUCAGUACAAGGGAGCUUAUUCUUGCUCUAUAUGCCCUAACUAUGCAGUUCAUUUCAUAUGCGCGUUUAUUGAAUGGGAUGGUAAGAACUAUGAAGGGACAACUAAUGAGAUCAUAGAAAAUAUUGCACCAUACAAGGUGGUGGGUGAUAACUUGAUAUCUCAUUUCAGCCAUGAAAAACAUCUUUUAAAGCUCCACAAGGAAAUCCUCAUUCAUAAUGACCACAUACGAUGUGAAGCAUGUUGCUAUUCACUUGGGUUUAGCUACUUCUACGUUUGUGAGGAGUGUUGGUUCUUUCUCCAUGAAAAGUGUGCUAAUCUUCCUAUGAAGAAAAAAAUGGUUUUCGACGUCGUACCAUACACGUUGAAAGCCGUUAGAAAAACUAGUUACUGCACUAUUUGUAGCAUGGUAUGUGAUGGUUUCAAGUACACAGCGCAAGGAAGGUUGGAUAUAGAUGUACGUUGCGGUUCUCUAUAUGAGCCGUUCGUCCAUAAGAGCCAUAUACAUCCCCUAUAUAUAAAACUAGUUACAGGCAAUUGUAUAGGAUGUGGUAACGUGAUAGAUAAUUAUGCAUUGAUAUGCAUAAUCUGUGAAAAUGGUUUGUGUUUGUCUUGUGCUAAUUUGCCAGAAUAUAUUUGGCAUAAGAACGAUGUGCACCCUCUCACUUUAUGUUUCGGCUGCGAAAUGACGAGUAGCAACUAUUGUUGUGACAUUUGUGAGGAAGAAUUAGAUCCAAGUAAAUGGUUCUAUUCAUGCUUUGAUUGCGGCGUCACAUUGCAUACUCAGUGUGUAAUAGGAAACUUCUCGGGGCUUCUGCUAGGACGACGCGCAAACGAACUUGAGGUGGUUCUUAACAAUCACAACACUCGACCAUUAUGCAGCCAGUGUCACUCUCGAUGCAACCCUCUCAUCAUCCUAAAGCUGUUACAUAAUCGAGUCCAACCCGCGAUCCAUUCUGCCAAAUUCGCAAAGUAA